AAGAGACGGGACUUUCCCUUUGAGUUCUGCUGUCAAAUUUAUAUUAGAGUUUUUUCCUGCACGGUUUAGGUCCUCGUAUUUUACCAUACACAUUAAUGCAUCAGUAAUAUGAAUCCCAAAACACAAUGUCUGAUAAGUAUUUAAGGGUCAAUUUCCUGCACAAUGAGUACCUUUACUUAUGAUAUUUGAAUGUUGCCCAUAAUACUUAUGGCAAAUAGGACUUUGCGUUCAUGAUUUAGACUUGAAGGAGUAUUUUCCGUUUGGUAUUGUUACUUCUACAUAAAUAAAGGACCUGAAUACUUCUUCCACCUCUGAAUCAUGACAUAAUGCAUUGACUAAGUUUUCUGAAAGAUACCUUUUUUUGCGUAUUUUGGUUAGACAUAAACAGAUUAUCACAACAGAACAUCAUUUCUGUUGUGGCCUUAGAACACUGAGUUGUUACUAAUACUUAUGGCUAAUAUGGAUUUACAGGAGUAUUUUACUGAGUUGUAUACUUAUUUACUAAUUUAGGCUAACAUUGGGUCAUAACGUGUCAUACUCCUUUUGCCAUAGUUGGCCGAAUAAAACUAAAAUGUAUCGAUUAUAAUUUAACUCGUUUAUUUAAAUUCAACUGUUCACGCUAAACACCAAACAAAAGCUUAUUAAUUAAAAAAAGAAAUUAAGUGAAUACAAAAUCCGUUUUUCCUCCAAGGUCCACUAGAUGGGGUCAAAAGCUAAAACAAAAGAGGGUGAAGGGAGCUUUACUGACGCGCAUGGCGUAUAUCCUCUUUAAGAGUAAGACUGUUCAACAUCGGUGUGAAGUGUCAGAGGAAAAUGAUGUGCUUAUGUAGCCUACUGGGUUAUUCAAAGAUCAGCAAAUCACUCAAAUUGUCCACAUUGAGGUUUCUCUUUAAUUUGACAUUAAGAAACACGUGGCUUUAUAGGGCAACACAGCCCGAACAACCACACAGGCAACUGUACAAUAAUAUGUGCACGGUUCACAUCUGAUGCUCUGAUUGUGAACGUAACAAGAACUUCCACUCCUCACGUCGUGAAACAGGAAAUAAUAACAUUGUGGCGAGAACGCGCACGGCGGCGCCGCCGCCCAAAGAGUGCGCGACCUCGACGACCCGUGCACGAAAAGAAAGGAAUCCUCGACGCCAUCUUGUUUCCAGUCCACAACGAUAAUGAAGUUGGUUUAACGGCAGGAGGUCGAUUUUAUCCCCAGACGCCAACUGUCAAUUCCACACUCCAUGCACGAACCACACGCCGUCGUGUCGCCCCGUCGACCCUUCACAUUAGGAAGCCUCUUUGCGGAUAUAAAUACACACACGCACACACUACGCUGUAACCUAAUGGCGCCUGGUCGUCGAUGCUCUCCGGUUGCGCCCCUCUCCCCUCGCAGCUCAGAGCCCGCCCACAAACACCGACGACAUGAUGUCAUCAGAAACCAUUUCUCGAGAAGGAGAAGAAAUGCAUCGAUUUGUUUUUUUAAACAAUGGAUAAACCUCCCACCAAAUGUGCGACAUUAUCUUUAACAUAAAGGGAGGUCGGAUCCUCUUCGGACCGAAAGCACGAUGAACGGUCACGGAUAACCGUCAUCCUCUCCGAAGAAUCGACGGUGACCGUUUUCAUCGCUGCGUCCUCCACGGCCGUCUACGAUCGUUUCCGUUUGGAAGCGGGUGACGGUGACUCGACGGGCCAAACUUUUACCUCCGUCCUCCUCCCCCAAGUUUAUUUCAAACAAAAAACCCUGGCUGCCAGUGCACCAGCAGUUGCGGGUUUGCAGCGGUCCCGCGCGAAUGCGCAUGCGCGGGGGGAUGCGGUUUCGGGUGGGGGAGGGUCACUAAAUGGAAACGAUGAGAACAUCCUCUCAACAAACGAUGUCAAAGGGAUUUCUACAGGCAUAUUUCUGGAGACUUGACAGAAACCGAUUUGCCACAACAAUAAAGCUGUCGGAAAGAUAGCUGGCAUUGUUUGUUUUAGUGUGUUACAUGUCAGAGCUUAUGACUAUAGUGACAUACAAUAUGUCUAGUAAAUAAAUCCAAAGGGUUGAACACUUCAACUAGACAGCUGAUAACACAUAAAUCAUAUUUUCCAGAUGCUUUCAUCUGGGAUUUCUUGAACAGACAGAAAUGUGAGUGAUGUGAUAUCUGCAUGUAAGAUUAUGACUUAAAGUCCUGUGUUAAUUGUGCAAACAUGCUUUAGUGUGCGUGGUUUAGGGUCCGUUUUACAAUGUUGGAUCCCUCUACGGUCUGCUGCUUUUAUUCUGGAUGGACCGUUAAUGGCCAGUGUUUAAUAGGUACCACUUCAAACAUCAGUUCAAUACACAAAAUGCUGCUCUUGUGUAAGGGGUUAUAUAACAGCUUAGUGGCCUCCCCCUCUGUGUUUGGUAGCAGAUGUAGGUGCUUCUUUUCAGCCAUGCCAGGAGUGAAAAUCAAAGUGUUUGGUCCUAAAAAACAACAACUUUCAGUUGUGUUAGGUUUGUAAUUAGCACACACAUUCGUAUGGCAGAAAUGGGAGAAUAAAUAAUCUGGUCUAAAAUGUGUCUGAUUCAAUUGUUGCUGUAGCCCAUGUCUGUUUAGGUAUCUUUAAAAAAAGGAGAUAUUAAAUGUAAUAUAAAACUUAGUGUAUGAGGGUUUGUGUGGAGAAUAAGGAAAGGACGCAGGAGAUGAAGUUAGUUUAAAACAAACCUCCUGAUUAAAACAUUCCUACAGCUGAUCAUGAAGAUUGCACGGACAUUACUGUAACCAGCAUACCACACUGGUGUAUUACAAUGUGCUGCAAGAUUUAUUUGAUGGGCUAUUUUUAAAAUCCUAACAAAAACAAAGAUUAAACCACCUUUAACCAAUUACAUUUUAACUUAUAACGUAUUCAACAUGCUACUCAAGUUCUACUCAAAUUGUCCGUUUGACAUGCAUUGUCUAAAGAGCAACGCACAAGGUAAAUCCAGACCGCUACCGACACAGAUAGCAGCCUUGACUGGAGGAAUCACAGUCGCGGACGCGCAUGGAGCGCGAUCACGAUGCCCCUGUGAAAUCGGGUGUGUAGCCCCGCAGUAUGUGGAGGCGGAGCUGGGUUUAGUGGCAGGGGGGGAGGGAGGGGGGCUCGUGGGGGAGGCGGAGUCUCGGCAGUCCUGGCAGGGCCGCCAUUUUUGCAAAGGGAAAAGAGACUGGUUUGAGGGGAUCUAAUUUCGAAAAGUCGCCGAUGACCAGGGCACUGUUUUAACGGUUUCGAAUAGAUUUAUAGUCAAAUUGGGUCACCUCGUAGCCCAAGAAGCAGGAGAUUUUUCACACGAAAGGACUCCUUAGCGGACAAGAUAGUAUACAAACAUUUUAAAGCUUUGCUAGGGAUCCGCAGUGUGUGGACAGAAGUAUUGUUUUGGUUGUGGAAGCUGUUUUGAAAGCGACGGGGGUCUUACCCAGGUCCCCUAAUUCGCUAUUCAGAUCAUCCAGAGUGGACAUAAAACGGCCUUGUGGAUGCACUUAGAUGUCUGCAAUGACUGCUGUGGCUGGCAUGCCUCAGUGUUUUGGACUCCCAUUCUCUGGACUCAGUAGGACAAGAACUGAUCAGCAGAGAACGUCAUGAGCAUAGUCAUCCCAGUAGGGGUGGACACAGCAGACACCUCAUACCUGGACAUGGCUGCAGGCUCAGACAGACCAGAAUCGGUGGAGGCCAGCCCUGUAGUGGUGGAGAAGUCCAGCUACCCACACCAGAUCUACAGCAGCACUUCUCACCAUUCCCACAGUUACAUUGGCCUGCCUUACGCUGACCAUAACUAUGGGGCGCGGCCCCCACCCACUCCACCGGCCUCCCCUCCCCCCUCCAUGUUGAUCCGACAAGGAGAGGGGGGGUUGUUUGUUCCGGGAGGCCAGGACGAAGCAUCCAGGGGCACAACGCUCAGCACCUCAGAGGAUGGCAGCUACGGGGCUGACAUCACCCGCUGCAUCUGUGGCUUCACCCACGAUGACGGCUACAUGAUCUGCUGUGACAAGUGCAGUGCUUGGCAGCACAUCGACUGCAUGGGAAUCGACAGGCAGAACAUUCCUGAGACUUACCUGUGUGAACGCUGCCAACCACGACACCUGGAUCGAGAGAGGGCCAUCCUGCUGCAGACCAGGAAACGAGAGUGUUUGUCUGAUGGUGACACCAGUGCUACAGAGAGUGGAGAUGAGGUGCCGUUAGAGCUCUACUCCACCUUCCAACACACGCCUACCACCAUCACGCUCACCACUGGCCGCCUUGGCCACAAGCAGACUGAUAAAAAAUGUAAAAAGAGUGGUGAUAAAGAGCCUCCAGCCUCCUCUGCCCGAGCUAAGAAGGCCUUCCGAGAAGGGUCCAGAAAGUCCUCCAGAGUUAAGGGUGCUGCUCCAGAGCAGGAGCCGACGGAGCACCCGUCUCUGUGGGAGAACAAACUCAAGACGUGGAUGGAGCGCUACGAGGAGGCCAGCAGCAAUCAGUACAGUGAGGACGUCCAGGUCCUGUUGCGCGUCAAAGAGCAAGGCGAUGGCAAGAGCCUGGCGUACAACACGCACCCCGCCUCCUUCAAACCGCCCGUGGAGGAUCUGCACUCAUGCCAGAGUGUCUCUCUCUUGCAGAGUCAAGUUCAGAAGAACAAGAAGAUCCUCAAGGCGGUGCGAGACUUGCCCCCAGACUCCCUCAUCAUCGAGUACAGGGGGAAGUUCAUGCUUCGGCAGCAGUUUGAGGCCAACGGAUACUUCUUCAAGAGGCCGUACCCCUUUGUGUUAUUUUAUUCCAAAUUCGACGGGCUGGAGAUGUGUGUGGACGCUCGCAGCUUUGGCAACGAGGCGCGCUUCAUCCGUCGCUCCUGCACCCCCAAUUCAGAAGUGCGCCACGUGGUCGAGGAUGGAAUGCUGCAUUUAUACAUCUACUCAUUGAGGCCCAUCGCCAAAGGCACAGAGAUCACUAUUGGUUUUGAUUAUGACUACGGCAGCUGUAAAUACAAGGUGGACUGUGCCUGUGUGAAGGGGAACCAGGAGUGCCCGGUGCUCAAGCACAACCUCGAACCCACGGAGAACCUGGGCUCCGGGGGCCGGCGCCGAGGGAGUCGCAAGGACAAGGAGACCGUCCGGGACGACCUGGGCCAGAACCAGAACAUGGGUCUGGACGGCGACGGGAAGAGCAAGAGCGUCGGCGACGGCAAGCAGAGGAAACUCUCUCCUCUCCGCCUCUCCAUCUCAAACAACCAGGAUCCUGAGUUAUAUGAGGAUCUAGAAGACAAAACCUCCGUUAGCAAUGAAGUAGAGAUGGAGUCAGAGGAGCAGAUUGCAGAGAGGAGGAGGAAGAUGGCCAACCCAGAGGAGCAGUCCCAUCUGCCUGUCGGGGCGGCUUCCAGCUGGAAGGGACUGAAACACAAGGAGACACGAGAAGAGAGGAAGAUGGAGGCCAUCUUGCAAGCCUUUGCCCGAAUGGAGAAGCGAGAGAAGCGCAGAGAGCAGGCGCUGGAAAGAAUCGGCGGCGUGAAGACGGAGGUCGGGGGCCGCAGUGACAUCAAGGAGGAGCCGCCAGCCACGCCCGAGAUGGCCGAUUCUCCGACUGUCAUGCAGCCACUGCUGGAGGUGAAAGAGGAGCCGGGGUUAAAGCCGGCCAAGGUCAAAAGCUCGAGGAACAGGAAGAGUUUCUCGAGGAACCGCACGCACAUCGGUCAGCAGCGCCGGCGAGCUCGCACCAUCAGCACCUGCUCCGACUUGGCCCCCGGCUCUCCCACUGAGUCCGUGGAGCCUCUGACCAGCGAGGCCCCCGAGGGAGAGAUGCUCACGCCACCCGAGCCGGAGGCCAUCCUCGACGAGGCGCCCGACAGCAGCCCGCCGCACAGCAGCUCCCCGGCACCCGACCGCAACCGCAACGGGAGCAAGAACUUCAAAACUAAAAAGCACUUUAUGAGUGAGUGGGUGGGAGAGAAGAUGCAGGACCUCGGCGCCGUACGGACCCCAGAGCCGGUCCCGGAGAGGCCGCUGAGAAUAAGCAGCGACCCCGAGGUCCUCGCCACGCAGCUGAACGCCCUCCCGGGCAUGGCGUGCUCUCCGCAGGUCUACAGCACGCCCAAACACUACGUCCGCUUCUCGUCCCCAUUCCUGGCGACCCGCAGCCCCACGACGCCCGGCGUCCCCACUGGGAGACGGCGGUCCAGAGAACUGCCCGAAACGCCGCCGACCACCGGCUCCUGCAAGAAGAGAUGGUUGAAGCAAGCUCUGGAGGAGGAGGGCUCCACCAGCCCGGCCAGACGACCGAGCCUCCUCAUGCCCAGCGAGGGUCCUCUCAGCCCCACCAUCAACGGAGACUCUGACAGCCCCCUGCCCUACAAUGGCAUCUGCUGCCUACCAGAGUUGCCCACACCUUUGAAAAAGCGGCGGCUGAGUCCGUUGGAGACCUGCAUGUCCGAGAGCUCGACUCCCUACGGCUCCCCUUGUGCCACGCCCACCAGGGCCGAGCAACCGGAGGCGCCCGCCACCCCCAUCUUAAUGGCCACCCCGCCGCGGCCCCGCACAGAGGAGCCCAGUGCGGAGCCCCCCCUGCCCAGCACCCCAACACAGACACUUAAUGUCCUUCAGGAGAGUGAAUCUUCAGUGGAGAGCUCCCCAGAGGUCAGCCGGAAACCCAGUGUGCAAGAGGCCGAUCGUCCUCCGUCGUUGGUCUCCUCGCCCACCGCCAUGGCUCCCAGUUCGGACGCCACCCCGCCGGAAGUCAAGCCGCCGGUUCCUGAAAGUCCACAGCCUCCGGCCGCCGAGCCCAUGGACUGUGGCGAGGACAAGGCAGAGGCUGUGGUUGUGGUUGUGGUUGUGGAGGGGAGUACUGAGGCCGCCUCCUCCUCCUCCUCCUCCUCCUCCUCCUCCUCCUCCACCUCCUCCUCUGCAGAAACGUGUGCUUCCUCUUUUACCGGCUGGAUAAAAAGCCCAGAGAGAGUCCCGACUGGACCAGCUGGCCUGAACUUCUCUCCAGUCAACUCGAACUUAAGGGACCUCACCCCCUCGCACACCCUGGAGCCUCUGGUGUCUCCCUUCAGGCCUGAGGCUGCAGCUGGGGCUGCAGCAGGGGCCGCCGCCGCCGUCGGGGCCACCGCCGUCGGGGCCACCGCCACCGCCGCCGCCGCGGUCGUGACCGUGUCAUUGGUUGGCGCUCAGCCCCCCUUCAGUGAAGGCCAGGGGCCGCUGUUUUACCCCUGCACCGAGGAGGGAAGUGCGCUCGGCUUCUCACGCUCGCUGAAUGGGGACGGCUCUGGCGAGGGAGGGGGGUCGGCACAGAACCCCCCGCAGAAGAAAAAGGUUUCCCUGCUGGAGUACAGGAAGCGUCAGCGGGAAGCUCGCCGCAGCGGCUCCAAGACCGAGUGCGGCUCUCCCGUGUCCGCCGCGCCGCCUCUGACCGCGGAGCCCUUCCCGGUCGCGUCGGAGACCACCAGCGAGUCUCCUCUACCCCCUGCUCCCACUCCCCUCUGCAACGCCACCACCCCCACCCCCACCGCAGCGAAAGAGCCCCAGACGAGUGAGGAGGCGGAGGUGUCUGGAGAGAAGGAAGAGAAGGAAGGAGGAGAGGCACAGUGGACGUCGUCUACGUCUGUGGAGCAGGCCCGAGAACGCAGCUACCACCGAGCGCUGCUGCUCAGCAAGGACAAAGACACAGAUGGUGAGACGGAGGGGGGUGAUACGCCCGCACUGAGAGAUUGCCCAUCUCCAAGUCUUCAGAAGACCCCGACCCACACGCCCUGCUCGCCCGCUCCCGUCGCUCCGCCUCCCGGUCGGCCGGCGAAGGAGGAAGACGGCGACGGUCGGCCCCGGACGCCGAAUCCGACCGGCCAGCCGGCGCCGGCGGCGAGCAAGCCCGCGGGACCCAAACCGGCUCCUCUGACUCCCACCAAGCUGCAUCCCGCCCCGCUGCCCUCCUCUCCGGUCCUCUACCCCGGAGCCUCCCUCCUCCUCUCUCCCAAGCCUCAGCCCCAGAGCUCCUCCUACCGCAGCCAGAGGGCGCUGUUCCCCGCCCAGCCCCCGGCGCAGACCGGCCCGGCUCCUUUCGCCCAGUACAACGCGCAGAGUGCUCCGCCCCCUCCUCCCCCUCCUCCACCAGCACCACCGGCCUCCGCGGUGUACUUCCCCGGCCAGAGCCCCUCCCCCGUCGGACCGUUCUCCGUGUUCAAACCCGCCGGCGCCACCUCCUACCCCCCCGGCGCUCAGCCCCUGAUGCAGACUAUGUCCCACAGCGUGCACUAUCAGAGCUCGGCAGCUCCCCCGCCGCCGCCCCCCCCUCCGCCCCUGCACCCGAUGCCCGGCCCCGCCCUGCUGCACGGCAACCUGCAGCCGACGCCCAUCCAGCAGCACCAGCUCAUGCUAACCACCUCCCCUCCUCCUCCUCCUCCUCCUCCCCCGCAGGUCCAGACCUGCCAGCAGCAGCCUACGGCGAGCAGCACCCUGCUGUCGCUCACCCCUCCCCCGCCUCCCCCUCCCCCUCCCCCCGCCCCCUCGACCAACGCCCAGAUGCAGCCCCACCACUUUCAGAACUUGGGGGCCUUUCACCCGUGCGCCGCCGCCAACCCUUCGGCGCCCCCGUCGACGUACCCCCAAUCCCUUCAGCAGACCGGACUGCCCCCCCCUCCCCCUCCCCCUCCCCAACAGACUCAACAAGGUCAGGCCCAGGCCGCCGCCUCCCAGAUGCCUUCUGGGACUCGUGGAGCUCCUACGUCCUCAACCCCGUUCCACAGCUCGGGGUACCUGAGCACAGGGUGGCACUGACCCCCCCCCCCCCCCCCCCCCCCAUAGAACUCGGCCGGGGACGAGGGGCCUGUAUCAUAAGCUGUAGAUAUGUUUUCUAUGAACCUGAACACAUGGCCAGUGGAAAAACAGCCGAUUGUGGGAUAAAAGGACAACUUUUUAAAGAAAUACUUCAAAAACGAGGACAAAACAUUUUAGAAGAAGAGAAAACGGACAGCGACACGAUCUUCAAGACAAACUGCUAAACGCUGAAGAUGGACGAUGCCCCUGGUGCUCUUAGCCCGCGCUCCGGCCUCCGGUUGUUUUUAUAUAUCCUUCCCGUGAUGGAGAGGAAAAGUUCUCUGUUCUGUGUCUUGUUUGGACCCCGUUGUAAGGCCCCUGCACUUUGUUGAUCAAUGGACAUUCCAGCCUAUACCCUCUUCUUCUCCUUCAUCCUCUUCUUCCUCCUUUUGUCAGUUACUCGUUUUUACUUCCUCAUCUCUCUCUCGUCUGUCGUCUGCUCUCCACAGCAUUUAUUUGUUAUAAUCUAGUGGCUCACUAUAGCAAAGAGAAAGGUUUUUUUUGUAUAGAGAAAAAAAAUUAACACUUAUUUUUUGUAUUCCUGUCUAACAACAAAAUAUCUGUUCACCGCUGCAGAUUCAGAAAAAAGACCCGUUUCUGGGAUCCUGCCUCAACGUCCUGGGAGGCUGCACUUUGUGUGUGUGUGUGUGUGUGUGUGUACGUGUGUGCGAGCGUUACAGGGUGUGAAUGUGCGCGUGAGUUCUUGUACUGUGUGUGUGUGUGUGUGGUCUUCUGAGGUAGUGUGGCCCCGCCCACAGGUAGGACGUUAGCGGUUUAUUUUUGAAUAUCAAUGGUUAUUUGUAGAAAGUGUAAUUUAAGGUAUAGGUGGUUACUCCAGCUUUCACCAGGAACAGGUUGAAAAUAUUUGCUUCUUUUCUUUUUCUAUGCUUGUACAAUUUGCUCCCAUCCUGUUCUUUUUCACAUUUGGUUGUAAAUAUGAACGCUCUUCUUGGCAAAGCUGAAUGUUUCUGUGACUGUAGCAUUAUUAUUUUAAUUUUUUUGCCCCCCAUUUCUCUGGACUCUUCAACUUGUGUCUCUUUUCCUUUUUUUGUGUGCGAGUGUUUGUUUGUGUGGAGGGGAGAGACUCACAGACACUGCACUGGUUGGCUAUUUUCAUGGUUCAUUAUAAUAAAUCACUGUAAUGACAGUUUUAUACAA